AUGGAUCAUGUGGUGCAAAGUCUCUCGAGUGAUAUGGAAUGCUCCUCUGAAGAGUUUAUCGCGACUCUAUUGCAUGGGAAGCCCGAGCACCAACACUUGGAUGUGUUGACCGACUUGUUGACCAAAACUUCCGAAAUUGAUGAGCGUGUUGCUUCAUCCAUCAGUGCCGCUUGGCACUGGAUCUGUCAGAAAGACCUUUGGUCUACGAGGUACGAGAGCCUCAGCGACUACCGGAAGGCCAUUGGAUACACGGAAACUGUACGACCGAUCGUGCAGCGACAUAAGAAAUCGGAGCUAGCGAAAAGAUCAAGUAUCCAAACAAUCUUUCGCUACUGGAGAGUUCCAUUCGACGAAGCUCUUCCGAUUGAAACUCGCCCCUUAGCUUGGAGCAAACACUUGCUCUCACUGACAGCAUGUUUGAGCAAGCACAGAAAUCAUUCAGAGUCACUCUUGCUGCUUGAAAAAAGCAUGAAGAACAGACCAGAACGCGGACGCACUAGAAAUCGACUCGUGGCAAGUGACGUUCAACGGGCACUGGAAAGCUUAGGGAUACCACAGACACGCUUAGCAAAACGGGGAUCAAGAUCACCCCGAAUCUCCUCAAGCUCAGCUCAAAACACAGGUACCGAUCAUGCCACCGAGUCUGACUGUUCGCCUUCUACCAACCAAUCGACACUUUCUUCCCUUCACGAUACACCAUCGCAAAGCCAGUCACCGUCGGGAGUCUCACCGACACAAAGGCUACAACUCCACAAAGAUUCAAAUGAAUGGCAGUGGUGCGGAUGUAUUCCUGUAUGCUUGCCACUGAUCGCACUAAUCACUACCCCCCAAGCGAGAUUCGAUACGAAGCUUCUACUGGCAUUGGUGAUCUGGGCAUACAAAAUAUCAUGGGGUAGCUUUUGCUCCGAGCAUCUGAUGCGUUUGGCCCGCUUAAUUCCCACAGAAGGCCCACUUGAUAGAAGUAGAGCGGAUAUUAUUCAAAAAUUGGAGGCUUUCUGCUGCUCCCAGGGUUCCUACCUUUCCAUGAGCGACCAUAUUUCUACCUCUACCCCAAACCUUUGUUCAAAUACGGAGCUGUUAUGUCGCUAUACUGGGUCUGCGGAUGCGUGGUGGCGUUGGCAAAGGGAUGGAUAUAUCCAUAUCCCCGGGUUUUUUUCCUACAUGGAAGAGCUUGGUGUGUUUGAGCGGGUCCAGACAUACCUUGAUAGAAGCGGUACUAAAGAAGAUACAAACCCGGCUAUCAAUCGAGUUGCCAUCCAGCAAUGCUACAGGAUGAUAUCUCAAGUGGUACAACGUGACCCGGCGUAUUAUGCUGUGCUAGCCGCAUGCAGACCGGACCAAAAUCGAAAACUCAUCUAUCGUCCACCACAGUACCAACGAAGCACUGUUCCCCAAUGUGACGAUGUAGGACUCAGUAUUUCAAUCGAUCAUACUAAGUCCCUAAUGCAAGGAGAAGGUACAAGCGACAUCCAGAGUACUAUCAUAUUGCCGACCUGUGAGACUGCGCAAAAGAUCCGACUAGUCCCAGUGUUCCAUCGGAAAUUCAACUCAUGGUUGCAGAGCCCGCUAGGAAUGAAAUAUGGGGAUGGAUAUAAAGUAUUUGGUAAAGCCCAUGAUAUUGCGGUACAGCCGGGUGAUUUGGUUAUAUGUCUCCCGCACAUUCUCCGAUGGCCAAUGACAUUUUCCUCAAACUUUCUCAGUCUGUCACAGAUCGGACUGGACAACAGGUUAUCCAGACACCUCGAAGAGAAAAAUGAGAGUUAUGGUACGAAUAAUUAUGACAGGGUCUUGGAGCAGCCAGAGCCACAGUUUCACACGGCCAAAAGAACAGCACACGAGUGGAAUUCGACCAAAAAGGACCUCACUGAAGACAGCUGGUGUAGUGCCUCUAGUGCCAUAGGCCAGGCAAUUGAAGGUCGUCUGGAUUGGGAUAGUGACAGAGCAAGAGAAGAAAUGAAUUACGUUCUUGGUUCCAAUGAAGCGACAGCGGUCGAAUUUGUCGCGAAGUCACGAGCACAAUUGACGAGGCAAUUUCACAGGCUUUGUGAUUCCAUUGGGCAGGGCUCUGAGGUUAAUUCUGAUUGCGGAAUGAGCAGCUAUGAGGAACGAGAUGAUGCACCGGAACCUUUCCAAGGUCUGAAUGAACAUUUUGAGACGCCGGUGUCUUUCGUCGAUCCUUUAACUUCAAUUUCACCGACAUGGAACACUCCUUCUUUAGAUGAUAUGAUAGCAGACUUGGACCCUACCUUUUCUCGACAGCAUUUGUCUUUCGAUUUACCUUGA